UUCAUAGACAUACUUGAUGAGCAAUGCCAUGGCGUCUCAUAUUGGCGACAAUCCACAGGAACAAACUUCAACAAAUGAGAAGGAAGACAUGGAGGGAGCAAACUGCGAACCAUUAAGAAUCGUUUCGGAAAAGCUUAAAAAUGUAAAAAAAUUAUCUCCAGAAGCAUGUAUAUUUAAAGUGCACGAGAGGCUGCGUAAAACAAACCCAGAGGCUUAUACACCUUUGACAAUAUCCAUCGGGCCUUACCAUCAUGGGAAGCCGGAGUUGAGGAAGAUGGAAAUGUUGAAGGAAUUGUAUACAGAGUCCCUUUUAAACGAAGCAGAAGGAGUGGGUGUGGAGGAGUGUUGGAAGAAAUUAAAGGAGUUGGAAGGCAGAGCUGAGAGGUAUUAUGGUGAUGAGAUAGAAAAAGAAGUUAGUGGGGAUGAAUUCGUAAAGAUGUUAUUGCUUGAUGGUUGCUUUAUAGUGGAAUUUGUUAGUAGAUCAUUUCUUCGAGUGCUUGGCGGAGGACAAGAAUACAAGGAUGAUCCCAUUUUCAUGAUUAAAGGGAUGGUAGGUAAUAUUGUUCGUGACAUGUUGCUCCUGGAAAACCAACUCCCCUUCUUUGUUCUGCAAGCACUCUAUGACAUGCUGAUUAAACCUGUCAACCUAGAAUUCUCAGAGAUGGUGAAAAUUGCAUUUCGGAGUCAGAUAACAAAGGGGAUGAAAAUUAUCUCCCUACUCAAUACUGAGCUCAACCCCCAAGAGAUAAAGCAUUUACUUCAGAUAGUGCACAUUCUCUGCCAACCCCAACCACAACAAAGUACAGAAGAUCAUGAGGUUGAAUUAUGCAGUAUACGUACUGCAAGUGAGCUUCAAGAAGCUGGAGUUCACUUCAAAAAGGUUGGCAAGAUUAGUAACACCUCUUCUGAUGAAACCAUAAGUCUAUUUGAUAUAAAGUUCAAUCACGGAGGCGUAUUAGAGAUCCCCUCUUUCGCUCUCUAUGAUUCAACAGAAACAUUCUUAAGAAAUCUCAUUGCUUACGAGCAACAUUCGCAGGAUGUGUAUCCCAUGUAUUUCACAGAUUAUGCCAAGUUCAUGGAUGAUCUUAUUAAUACAGAGAAGGAUGUCAACUUACUUCGUCUUAAAGAUGUUUUUAUAAAUGGACUGGGAGAUGACAAAGAAGUGACUUGUCUUUUUAAUAACCUUUGCAAAGAGGUUACGUAUCACAGUGGAGACUUCUAUUACAGUGAUGUGUACAAAGAAUUGGAUCGACAUUGCAAAAAAUCCUGGAAUGCGGCGAUGGCAAAACUAAGACGCGAUUAUUUUAACAGUCCAUGGGCAGGGAUUUCUACCUUUGCUGCUAUACUGCUUCUUUCGCUCGCUAUUGCACAGACUGUCCUAUCUGCGCUUCAACUGCAUAAGUAAUUUCAUCAAUCCAAUAAGCUAUCUAGUGUGUUACGUUGUUAGAAUUGAAUGUUAGAAUAGAAUGUAUGUAUGUAUAUUUUCAAGUGGUU